AUUUCCAUUAGAGCAUAUAGAGGCAAUUUCUUAUUUUCUACUUUUAAGAUAAUCGCAUUACCUCGGAUGGAGCAUGAUAGCGCUAUCUAGUGUCUCCACGAACAGCGAUAGUACUGCAUAACGCUAAUAGCGAGCUCCCCCCGAACGCAUCCUACUAGUAGAGUCUUCAACCACUAGCAACCUGCUGCAACACUUUGGAAUUUGCAUAUUGGUAACCCUGUUACUUCGAAUCCGUAGCUUUUUCGGAUUCUUAACGGUCAUUUGCUCAACGCUCAUUUGCUCAAUCAACAUCUAUUGCUUCUCUUUUUGCGGAAAAUUGCUUUCGCUUUAUUUUAACAAUGCUGACUUUGAAUACUAUUGUUAUAUCUAAUUUUAAGUCGUUCGGAGGAGAAAUGAAAAUCACUCACAUUCAGCCGUUUACAGCAAUAAUCGGUCCAAAUGGAUCCGGAAAAUCAAAUAUUAUGGACGCUAUAAGUUUUGCAUUAGGAGAGAAAACAACUGCUUUGCGUGUUAAACGCCUAAGUGAACUUGUUUAUGGAUAUUCUUUUGGACAAUCAAUGACCGAAGAGCUUACCUAUGUAAAAGUAAAGUUCAGUAUAGACGGUAUUGAGGAAAAAAGUUUCACAAGGACGAUACAUGACGAAACCAGUCGGUACAAAAUAGAUAACGAGAAUGUUACGGAGAAAUUUUAUUUGACCGAACUGCGAAAAAUGGGUUUAGACGUAAAGGCAGGGAACUUUCUGAUACCUCAAGGUUACAUCGAAUGUUUCGCAAUGAAAAUGCCGAAAGAUCUGACUGCGAUGUUUGAAACGACUAGUAAUUCAAUUACGUACAAAGCGAAUUAUGAAAGAUUAAAAUCAGAACUUUUGAAAGUGGAAGAGGAGGUACAUUUUGAACAUCAAAUGAUGAAACAGGCUAAAAUGAAAAAGAAGUACGCUAUUACAGAAAAAGCAGAAACAGAAAAAUAUUUACAAUUGAAAGAAGAAUAUAAUAAAAAAAAAUUAAUCUAUCAGUCAAUUCGAUUGAUCCUCAUUAAAAAGGAAGUUGAAUCUUUACAAGAUGAGAAACAAAUAAUUAGAUCAAACAUAGAUAAAUAUCAAUGUGAUAAAAAGGUUGCGCUACAUUUAUUGAAACGUACAACCUCACAAUGUAAGUCAUUAUCCAAUACUCUCGAAGGUAUCGAGGAAAAAAUUCUGGAAAUGGAGGAUAUCACUCAAAAGAAGAAAGCAGAACAUAUUGUUUUAGAGGAGAAUCUAUCCUAUUGGCAGAAAAAACAUGAUUGCGCGCGCGUAUCCCUAAACAGUGCAAGUAAAGCGUAUAGCACUAAGCAGAGAAUUAUUCAAGAAUUAAAAGAUGAAUUAAAACAAAUAGACCACAAAUUAAUAGAGUUGAGGAAAGCAUCACAAACAAGCAUCAUAGAACUGAACGACUCACAGAUUAAACGUUACAUGGAAUUGAUGAGUAAAGCUGAAUAUCAAGCAAAAAACUUUGUAAAGCAAAUAAAUAGCUUACUACAUGAUCAACAAGAAGAUCAUAAUAAACUUGAUAACGAAAAUAGGCGUAAACAAGAAUUGGAAGAUAAAUUAAAACAGAUAAGCUUAAGGAAGGAGAAUUUUGAAAAGCGGCUCAAAAAACUGCAAGAUUCAAGUGUCGAAUGCAAAGCAAUGUUUAUAGAAAAAGAAGCAAAAAUACAGGAACUAAAUAAAAAAAUUCCUGAAACAAUUACUAAAUUGUCAAAUCUGGAGAUCGAUAUUUCAAAGAUUAGAGAGGAGCUUUCAGAAGUUCUUUCCGAGGCUGAUAAUGAUAACAAAAAUGAAACAAUUAAAAAGUUAAAACAGUUUUAUUCCAUCGUGGUAUUGUUUCUGUUAACUAUUUAUAAUCGCUUAUUUAAUUUAUGCAAACCUAUUCACCCACGUUAUAAUGUUGCAAUAACUAAAGGAUUCGGUAAAAGUGCAGAUGCUAUCGUUGUUGAUACUAAACGUACAGCAAUUCAAUGUAUUCAAUUUUUAAAAGAGCAAAAAAUAAGGACAGAAACAUUUUUACCACUUGAUUCAAUAAAAACUGUGUGUUUAAAAGAACAAUUACGUGCUGUAAAGGAGCCGAAAAAUGUUAAGUUAUUAUAUGAUGUAUUGGAUAUUUCAUUAUCUGAAAUCAGUAAAGCGAUUUUAUUUGUCACCAAGAAUACCUUAGUUUGCGACAAUGCUGAAGAUGCACGAAAAAUAGCAUACGAACUGGAUGAUAAACGAUAUGAUUGUAUUUCGUUGGAUGGAUGCUUUUAUUGUACAAAUGGUACAAUGUCCGGUGGACAAUUGGAUUUAACUGAAAAAGCAAAACAAUGGGAGAAAAACCAAGUACUUACAUUAGAGAAUCGAAAGGCACAAUUAAUGCAAGAACUCAAAGAGUUGCCUAACAUUUCUCUUAUGCAAUCUGAACUUAGUGUAACUAAGACACAAAUCGAAGGAUUUAAAGUAAAAAAUAAAUACAUUGAAAUAGAUAUAAAAGAUACUGAAAAAAUGAUUGUCAAAAUGCAAGAAGAAUUAAAUACGCUUGAUAGGAAAAUAAUUGAAUUAAACAUGGCAAUAGAUGAAAUUCAAGACAUAAUGCAAAAAAGAGAUGAAGAAAUUAAAAACACGAAAAAGCAUAUUAAUGCAAUUAAAGAUGCAAUUUUUGUUGAUUUUUGUAAAGACAUUAAUGUGCCGGAUAUUAGCUACUAUGAGGAGAAUAAUUUACGAAUUUAUCGAGAGCAAAAAGAGAGGCAGAUUGAGCUUGAAGAACAAUAUAAUCGUAUCGAGAAUCAAUUAUGCUUUGAAAACGAGAGCAAUACGGAAAGUAAAGUAUUAAAAUGGCAAUGCGCUGUAGAGCAAGCUGUUGCAAAAUUGAAUGAGGUGCAUCAGAAAGAACGUAAAGCAAAAAUUGAACUUGAGCAAGAAGAAACAAAGAUAUCUACGUUAAAAAAUGAUUAUGCAACAGUAGAAAAGGAUUUAAAGACUGUGGAAGAAAAACUGGACAAUUACAGAUCACAAAUUGGUAAUAUCGAAACAUUAUAUCUGAACAAACAGAAGGAGUACAUUGCUGUACAGAAAAAAAUAGAACACAGAAAAAUAGAUUGCAAAACUAUACUUAAAGAGUGCAAGAUGGAAGAUAUUAUUAUUCCAAUAUCCUUGAUAUCGCAUCGUGAGUCAAGAGAAAGCACAAGUAGCUCAAGUUUGACCGUAGAAUCAUUUGGUGAUUGUAAAGUGUUAAGUGAAAUUGAUUUCUCGCAGUUUCCCAGUAAUAUCCGCAAUUGUACAGAAGAAGAUUUACAAGAAACUAUUAUACAGCUUAAUGAACAGCUGAUAAAAAUCCAGGAUGAAUUGGCAGCUGUAACAAAUGCCAAUCUCAAAGUUGAUGAGAAGAUCAAUUCGAUAGCCCAAGAAAUACAACAGAUAAAUACGAAUCUUCAAAAAUUCCGUAAAAAUUAUGAUCAAAUAAAAGCAGAAUUUGAGUCAGUGAAAGCAAAAAGAUACAAACUAUUCUUAGAUUGUCUGGAGAGCGUUAUUGCAGAAAUAGAUUCUAUAUAUAAAAAUUUAGUUAACGAUAUGUCGGCUCAAGCAAUCAUCUUACCAGACAAUCUCGAAGAACCAUACGCAGGCAAAAUGAUUUACAAUUGCAUAAUGCCAUCUAAAACCUUUCAUACAAUGCAAUAUCUAUCUGGUGGAGAGAAAUCACUCGCCAGUUUGGCAUUAUUAAUUGCAAUUCAGCGUUAUAAAAAAAUACCGUUUCUCAUUAUGGACGAAGGUGAUGCGGCAUUAGAUAAGAUAAAUAUUAAGAAUGUCAUUCGUUUUAUUCAGUCUCAAGUGAAUACGAUGCAAUUUAUCACGAUUUCUUUACACAAAGAAAUGUUUUCUAAUGCCAACGCCCUUAUAGGGGUUACUAAUCCACGUAACGUAAGCUGUCCCAACAGCGAAGUAUUUGUCAUUUGGUUAAUUAAAUAUCGUACGUAAAACUAUUUUAAACUCAACUGGUUAUUUGUGUUAUUAUAAACUUCUUAAAUAAUAUUUUGAUAAUAUAUAUUAUAUAUAAUAUAUUUUUGAUAAUAGUACUAAUAACAUUAAAUUAUUACAAAUGACACAAUUAUCAGAAUUAUUACGUCAUGAAUUAUAAAUAAUUUAUUACGAAUGUCUCUCUGUCAAUUUAACAAUAUAUUUUCUUUAAAAUUAUUAUAUGAAUUGUUAUUAAUUGAAGUUAGUUACAAACUGAACAGGCAUUUUUUAAGUAAGUAGAAUAAAUUUAAGAUUGUAUAAAUUUCCAUACAUAUCAACAUCAAUAAGUCAGGUUUAAUUAACUUUCUAUAGCUAAACUUCUAACUAUUUAUGUUAAUUUUGUUACUGAGUAUAUUAUUAAGUAAAUUAUUUGUUAUUUAUGUUAAAAAUAACAUUUAAAAUAUAAUAUAUUGUAAUGUUAUAAUUUGAAAUAAAAUAUUUUUAACAGCGUAUGUAUGUUCUUUAAAAAACAAUUUUGUAUUCCAAUCUAGAUAAAUGUAUCAUCCAUUUGCAUAUAUCUCCCUGAGAUAAGCUUUAUGGUGACAACAUUACGUGUGAGCGUGAAGGAUACUACAAUAUUUAAAGCAAUUACUAUUAUCUUUACGAUUUCGUUAGUGCUCCUAUUUAGAUCUGUAUAGUAUCUCUUCAUUAGUAUAUCUCGAACACAAAUAAAAAUAAUUUAAUAUUGAUUAUAAAAAAAGUGUGACUUAGAUUUUAUCUAAUUCAUGUUUAAUUGUGCAAUCAAAUAUUUUAAUUUUUUUAAAAUACUGAGUGAUAUGUAUUUGCUAUAAGAUUAAUUAUUGUAUUGUAUUCAUUUUCUUAGAAUUUUAUUAAUAUUCUUAG